CUGUCACUGGUCACAUGACCCGGAAAAUGUGGGGUAUAAUUCCUGUGUUGGACUGCUCCCAGUUGCUAAGCCUCUGCCCUUCUCAGUGCAAACCCUCCAUCGCGACCCCCAAGGCGGACUCUCCUCAUCCCACCAUGUCAGACCAAGCUUUUGUGACGCUGGCCACAACAGAUCUCUACGCCAAGGGAGCGAUGGUUCUCGGCCAGUCGUUACGAAACCACAACACAACCAAGAAGCUGGUCGCCCUCAUAGGGCCACAUGUUGCAGAACCUUGCAGAGAAGCACUAGAAACCAUUUUUGAUGAGGUGCGCGUGGUGGACGUUAUGGACUCGGGCGAUGUGGCUCAUCUAUCCCUGAUGAAGCGUCCGGACCUGGGAGUAACGUUCACCAAACUGCACUGCUGGACCCUCACACACUACAGCAAGUGUGUGUUCAUGGACGCAGACACAAUGGUGCUGUCGAAUAUAGAUGAACUCUUUGAGAGAGAGGAAUUAUCAGCAGCGCCGGAUCCCGGUUGGCCAGAUUGUUUCAACUCCGGUGUGUUUGUCUUCACACCGUCCAAUGAGACGCACGAGAAGCUGAUCACGUUCUGCAGUGAAAACGGCAGCUUCGACGGGGGAGAUCAGGGGGUCCUCAACAGUUACUUUAACACCUGGGCGACGGCAGAUAUUUCCAAACACCUUCCCUUCAUUUACAACCUCAGCAGCAUCUCCAUCUACUCCUACCUGCCAGCUUUCAAACAGUACGGCCGUAACGCCAAGGUGGUACACUUUCUGGGAAAAGUGAAGCCAUGGAGCUACUCCUAUGACAAUCAGAAGGGAGAGGUCAAAGGUCACUCCCUGCCUCCUGACCAGUGCCAUCUGCACCCAGACUACCUGCUCAUGUGGUGGCAGCUCUACGCCAAAUCUGUGCAGCCUAUACUGCAGCAGGCCUACGGGGACUCUCCGUUCUUGAGCGGCUUCGUGGAGGGGAGCGGGGGGGAGGGAGAGCCUCACCAGGAUGUGAGAGAGCACCCGGCGGCCUUCGCUCCUCCCCCCCAGAAGCUUUCAUCAACUGAGAGGAAGCAGCGCUGGGAAGCGGGCCAAAUCGACUACUUGGGUGAAGACUCCUUCACCAACAUCGAGCGAAAGCUUGACUCCUUCCUAAAGUAGUGGGCAGGGGAUGGAGCACGACGGACAGAGAGAGCACCGGUUGUGUGGGUGAAGAUGUAUGCACUGCUCAGCCAAUCACAGGGGCUUGAAGGGCAGGUGCAUGGAUGAAUGCCUCUGUGCAACAUCCAGCCUCACUCUCUGCAUCUAGUCAGUGUGUGUGUAUGCACUCCCACCAUUCGUUCUUCCCUCCAAAAUAAGUCUGAUAUUUCAGGAACCAUACUCAGUCGCUUUCUUGCAGUGAGCUAGAUGAGAAGAUAAAUACCACUCACAUUUAGAUGCUAAUUAUUAAGCUAAUGCCAGGAGCCGGCCCCAGCUGUGAGCUCAGCCCUUUGUUAGUUACUUCAUUAACUAUAUCACUCUGUAUCCAAACCUUAAGGGGGAAAAAAAACCAGUUUUGUUUCUUAAAAAUCUCAGAUAUUUGCUGUCUACACGGUAGCAAGAAACGCUUACAAGGCAUAGUGUCACUGUGGUUACUUUUAUUGCACAUUUUGCACAUACUUCAACUUCUUAUGUUUCUCUUAAUGUGUGUCAAUAUUUAUUUUAUUCUAAAAUUGUGCAAAACUUGAUUUUAUCCGUGGGAGGAAUAAAUUAGUCUAAUUCGAAUGAUUCUGAUUCUGUAUACCUUUGGAGAAAGAAAACCAUUAUCAAUCACUUCCACAUUGCAUCAUGUCAGAAAUUAAACAUUUGUUAUUGUUAUUAUUCACUAUUUCUUGGUCGAAACCAGAGCAAAAAAAACAUCCAUGUUGGGAAGAGUUUGGACAGAGCCAGGCCCCGUUUCCCAUCAAGGUAUAUUCUUCUCAUCCAACUUAAAGGAAAGCAAAGUGAACAUGCAUACUCACCAAAAGUUGCACUUUUCCUCUAAAGUGUUCUUGUGAAUCUGAUAAUGGAUUCACAGUCUGGAGUCUUCCUAACCUGUAAGGUGCAGCACCUACUGUUGAAGGGAACGUUGAUGAUCUUUUACCACAACUCCUAUCCUGCAAUAACUCUUAUUUAUCUAAACCACUUUGAGGCAGAUAUGCAGCAACUUGCUCAAAGUCACUGCUCCCCUUUUCCACAAAUCAUGACAAUCUUGCCUCAAUCCGACAGUGUUCACCUCACCAGAGUACAUCAGUAUUCUGUGCCUCUGACACUCACCAGCUCCCUGUGUCUUCAGCUUUGUAUUGUCUGGUUGUGUAUUAGAAAAAGGUCAGUUGUGUUGCAUGGCAAUUGGGUCAGUAAUGAAGUACCUCCACACACAUCCUGCAGUGAUGUUGAUCGUUCCUAUUUAUUUGUGUGGGAUUUUCCAAAAGUGCGCUCCCCAGAGAUCUCUAUGAUGCGUGCCCCUGCAUGUUACGUCGUCAGCAGACCCCUCAUCGGUAUAUCUUCGUGCCAUGGCCCAUUGUAAUCACUUCCUGCCUGUAGUGUUGCCAGCUGCCUUAUUGCCACUGUUUACAAAACCUCAAUUACUGUAACUGCUGCUAGUAGCACAACACUUUUGCAGAGACCCUCCUUUCCUGUUACUAAAACCUCCAUACUUCACUCCAGCUGUGUGUCCUCAAAGAACUCUCUAAAGCUCCAUACAUGAAUAACAUUAGUCCCCUCACUCCAUUACACUCCUACAGGAAGCUGGCAAGAAUAAGAGAAAAAUCGAAAUGUGAUUUUUUUCCCCCCAAUCUUGUCAACCUGCUAAAUCCCCAAUAUGCAUGAGUGUGGACGCGGAACAAAUGGUAGUGGAAUCAGUGAAAUCAGAUCUGUCCUGUUCCCCAUCUGGUAACUGUACAUCCCUGUUAAUGCGCUAAUAAAGAACUACUGGAAAAUCACCCUUUA